AUGGCAUGGAAGGGAAAGAGAAAAAAAAAAUCAGGGAUCUCAGAAAUAUCCGCUAGUCCAGCUAUUGCAUUUACCGAGACGGCUGUUGCAAAGGACGAGGCCACCGCAAAAAUGAAAGAGCUUGUCCUAAGCCAUUUUCUCAAUCCGAAGUACAGCGAUUUAUCUAUCAUCUGUAGCGGUGAAGUCUUCCCAGCUCAUCAGAACAUUGUCUGCCCUCAAUCGAGGUAUUUUGAAAUUGCCUGUGAUGGUCGGUUUAAGGAAGGUAACGGGGAAAUAAAGCUCAACGAUCGCGACCCUAUGCUCGUCAGGAAGAUGCUCGAAUUCUUGUACACGGGUGACUAUACCUAUGAAGUUUCAAAUGCAAGGGGCAGCUUUGACUCCGAGAAUAUCACCGGGGAGCUUUCACAUACAUACCUGGAUAAGGAUCUUCAGGCAGACACAGGGACAGAAGUAUUCACAGACAUACAGGGAGAAGCUAGCAGUGCAAACCCACCAACCGGUCAGGCCAUAUUUCACGCCCAAAUGUACGCACAAGGUGCCUAUUUUCAAAUAGAGGGAUUGAAGAUUAGGGCGAAGGAGUACUUCCAGGAGUCUUUCAUGAAAUUUCCAGACCGAGAAUCAUUCACCUCCGCGGUGCUUGAGGUGUACGGCUCGACAGAAGGCCACGACCGAGGGCUCAGGGACCUUGUCGUCCAGAUGACGACGGAUAACCUUAUGCUUCUGAGGGCUAACAACAACCCCAUAUUGGACGGCACCUUUUUGGAAGUGGUUCCCAACUUCAUGUUGGAAAUUUGUCUUUCUGCCUUGGACAGAUGUGCCAAGCAUCAGAAGGAAUAUAGAAAAUGGGGCUACUACGAUUAG